CGCGAGCGCUGCCGCUGGGCCGGGGGCGGGGGCUUGGGACUCCUGGGACCCGCGGACAGGGUCGGGGGUCCAGAGCGUUUGGUGCCUCCAGGCCGCGACCCCUGCCCCAUCCCGGGCCAGGCCCAUACCCAGCUCUUCCGCGGCGCCGCCUGCAGCCUGCCGACCGGAAGCUAAGGGGCAUGCCCAGAUGGCACCCCGCCCCCGACCCGAGGGCCAAUCAGCACUCGAAGCUCAUUAAUAGUGAACACGGCCGGCCCCGCCUCCGCCCCUCGCGGCACCGCCCGCCCGCGCAGACCUAGAGCGCGGCCGCGGACGAAGAUGGCGACCGCCAUGUACUUGGAGCACUACCUGGACAGUAUCGAGAACCUUCCGUGUGAACUGCAGAGGAACUUCCAGCUCAUGCGUGAGCUGGACCAGAGGACAGAAGAUAAGAAGGCAGAGAUCGACAUCCUGGCUGCGGAGUAUAUCUCCACGGUGAAGACGCUGUCCCCAGACCAGCGCGUGGAGCACCUGCAGAAGAUCCAGAGUGCCUACAGCAAGUGUAAGGAAUACAGUGACGACAAGGUGCAGCUGGCCAUGCAGACCUACGAGAUGGUGGAUAAGCACAUCCGGAGGCUCGACGCAGACCUGGCGCGUUUCGAGGCCGACCUGAAGGACAAGAUGGAGGGCAGCGGCUUUGAGAGCGCAGGAGGACGAGGGUCAAAAAAAGGUCGAAGUCAGAAAGAAAAAAGAAGCUCCCGAGGUCGUGGCAGGAGGACCUCAGAAGAAGACACUCCAAAGAAAAAGAAGCACAAAGGAGGGUCUGAGUUCACCGACACCAUCCUGUCCGUGCACCCCUCUGAUGUGCUGGACAUGCCUGUGGACCCAAACGAGCCCACCUACUGCCUGUGCCACCAGGUGUCCUACGGGGAGAUGAUAGGCUGCGACAACCCAGACUGUCCUAUCGAGUGGUUUCACUUCGCCUGUGUGGAUCUGACCACGAAACCCAAAGGAAAAUGGUUCUGUCCCCGGUGUGUUCAGGAGAGGAGGAGGAAGAAGUAAGGCUGGUGCCCGGACCAGAGGAGCGAGUUAAUAUAUUCCUUCCUUCGUGUUGCAAUAUUUUCUCUUCAUUUUAAAACUAUCUUGUUUUGAAUGAUAUUUAAUAACUCAGUGGCCAGUUGUAAUUCUGGGUAUUUCCUAAGACAAACAAGAAUCCACCUGAGCCCUGUUUGCACGAAGAGCGAUCUUACGGGGACUUGCCACAGUGACCUCAUUCUCGAGAUUUCUCGUAUGGGCCCUGGCCCCGAGCAUGGCAGGUGCACCGAGUGGCCGGGCCUUCCUCGAGCGGGUGCUCGGGGACCCUUCGUGCCCGCUGUGCCACCACUGCUCUGCAGCUGGGGUGUGACCCCACAUAGUCCGACCACCUCCGGCGCCACUGUGAGCACAUCUGUCUCUGCCAAGGCGUUGCUGGGCAGCAUACUCCGUGUCUCGGUGACCUGCCUGGGGCGAGCGGGGCUGUCCCUGGAGCAGGAGGGCCCCACUGCACUGUGCACUGCCUUUUUCGUCUGGACUCCCACUUCCCUCCGUGAGGGCUUUCCCUUCUGGAGUGAGCAACUCCGCAUCAGCAGCCGGGCUGGCCCCCCGUGAGCAGCCCCUAGAUGCUGGACAGCCGGCUGGUGGGCCGCUCCUCCGGGCCUCCUGCUGUUUUCACUGUGAAGCUGAGAUUGUCUUAUCGUAAUGGCUGGACGAUGGCGGCUCAGCAUGGACACGAGGCGAACCCUGUCUGGUAAGAGCAGAGUUGGAAGCCACCGUGUUGCACACUGGUAAGCAGUUCACGUCCGAGGGGACCACCGUUAUGUGAGGCCACAUGGGAGUCCUGGGCCGCAGUGACUCUGGAGUGAGGCUGGGAAGCUGGAGCAUGCUUUCCCUUAAAUCUGCGUCGCCAGGCCAGUCGCAAACUGGCAUCUCAGUAGUCUUUGGGGAAGUUGCAUACCUCUGGUGCUGCAGGCCGUCUGUGGUGGUGCGCAGUGGGCCCCCGAGAACCCCCAGCGCCCACUUAGAAGAGCCUGUCUCUAUCCUGGAAGCAUGAGAAGAAGUGCAGGAGGACGAGUGGAGAUGGGACAUCCCCAGGUGGAUGAGAGUCUCCUCUUCACAAGGAGGCCUUCUGGAGCGCGCCCCCACUUUGUCCGAAGGGCUGUGCACUGCACGUGGCCUCCUGUUCUCUGGUAUCUCGGCUGGGACAGGAGAUGCCACAGAGAGUCUCUUGGAGCUGUGUCGUGCACGGACGCUUCCCGCCAGCUCAGCUCAUGCUCAGUCCAUGAGUGCUGACUGUGAGCCUCGCGGGCAGGGUCCAGCCAGGACCUGUGUCAUGCUCUUGGCGGGUCAGCCUGCACCAGAUGCGCCGUCCUGCUGUUGUUCCUGGAGCAGGCCAAGGACUGGGCUCGCUUCCAGGCCACUGCAGGGAGGGUCAGUUCGGUGUGCUCCUGGGCUGCGUGGUUAGGGCAGGGGGUCCUCGGCCGGACAGGCUUUCUGGGAAUCGACGCCUCCCUGCCACUCCGAGAGCAGGGGUGGGAGCUUCGGGAUGAGCGCUGGCCGGCUCGAGCCUCUCAGCCUCCGCUGCAGCCAAAAUGAACGCGCGUCUGUAUUUAGGAACUUAGCUUUUUGUUAACACAGGUGUUUAAAGAUUGUGGGGAAUAAAUUGUGGGAAAUUGUUUGCUUUACUCUUUUACCAGUGUUUGUGGAGAGGGUAGGUAAGUACAGUGAGUGUGUGAUGAUUUUCUGGAAGCUAGUUUAAUAUUUGCACUGCCUCUCAGAACACUUCCGGCUGCCACCUUCGUGGGAAGAUGGGUGAUCAUGGACGUGCAUGGAUGGCUGGUCCAGCUCACCCAUCACCUGGAAUCCAGGGCCCCGAGCCGGCCGACUUUCCAUGUAGAGCUUGUGUGUAAAGCCUGAUGGUGUCUCUGCGGUCACUGUGUAACCGCCCAGGUGCCUCCCUGUUUCUGGUGUUUACUUUUGUCACUUAUGUUAGUGUCUCUAAAACACCAUGUGUUUAGCUUUGGAGAAAACAAGAUGUGAGCGGAGGAGGAAGGCUCCCUGGAAUGCUAUUUGGGCCCAGACCCACUGACUGCCCUUGCCAGCUGUGAACACUGUCUGCAAGUCAGAAGGACACUCGAGCGGCGCUUUGCUUGGGGAAGAAUGUUCUGCCACCCGGCGUGGCCCUGGCCCUGGCCCUGCAGGGAUGGCUGGCACCCGCGCAGCAGCUGAGGACCACUCCCGGAGGCCAGUGGCCAUCGCCCUGGGGUGAUUCCCAGCAGACCCCCGUCUGCCGGCCAGGCGCUCAGUGGGACCCAGAGGGGGCUGCAGAGCCCCGUUCCUUGGUUGAGGGGGGUCUGGGCUGUACCCAGCAGGCCCUCUUGCAGCUGUAUCUGAGCCAACGGUGCGGGCCCUCCGUGGCUGUGGGGUUUGCGUGUAAGGGAAGGGAGUACCUUGUUCAGAGGGGAACCCGAACAUUCCUCGUUCUCAGUGCUAGAUCAGUCAGGAGCUCGACAGACAUCCUCUUGUUUUCCCACAGGAGGACAUGGGCUGCACUUAUAACCUGAACCCCCCCCAACCCCCAAUUCUGUGGCCGUGCCGGUGGAGCUGCUGGCUGGGGUCCCUGGGCGAGUGGAUAUGAAAUGGGACUGGCCAGGGUCACUGGAGCCUGGUGGCUUCGAGUCUGCCCAGGGCAGCGAAUGCUCAAGACACAGCCAUGGGCACAGUAGUGCUGGGGGUUUGCUGGGAUGCUCGGGGCCACUGGGCAGCAGGUGCUAGCUUUGCCCUGGGUACCCACGUGGCACUCCACCUCCUGACUUGCAGCCAGCCGUGGGCAGGGAAGGCCCUGAGCACUAACACUGUCCAAAGAGCAGCUCCCUUGUGUGGCCGGAGCCAGGACCCAGACACUUAACCAUGGCCCUUAGGGACUGAAGGUUUCCUCAAUCGCUAGCGAGCUGUGGCUGGUCCUCGCUGUGUCGAGAGAGGUUUUAAAACAGGAAGCCUGAGAACAUUCUCAUGCAGAAGAGAAGUCUGUGAAGUUUCUUUCUUUCUACACAUGUACUUUGUGGCGUUCAGUUUGACCACAUUUCAUCCAAAAAGAUGACACAGCUUUAACAUGAAUGUUACAUUUUAUUUUCAAGGAAUUAUCUAUGUUCCCUUUGUAAAGGAAAGAGAAUAUUGUAAAUCUUUUUAUUAAAUAACGUAAAGAUGUAUAUCUGUAUUUUUGGAUCAUGUAAUAGAUUAUGGAUAUAUUGUUUAAUAAAUAAAGUAUUUUUUGGAACAAA